GAUGCUGCCCCAGGCCAGUGCCCUGGGGACUAAGCAGAAACAUAUGGAAACUCGGAGACUCCAAAAGUGGGUCAAAAUGUUGAAGAAUUAUACCAAAUAUUGUGACAGCGAGAAGUUCCAUCGGAGAUGCUUCAAAGGAAUCCCCAGCCAGGUGCGGGGCAACGUCUGGAUGCUAAUGCUUGAUGUGAACACGAAGAAAGCCCAGAACGUGGGGAAGUACAAGGCAAUGAAGGAGCAGUCCAGGCUGCAGUCACUGCAAUUCCACCAGAUCAACUGGGCUGUGCAAGGGACCUUCCGAAGUCACCUAAUGUUCCAAGAACGCUAUGGAGCCAGGCAGCAGGCUUUGUUUGAUGUUCUAAUGGCCUACACCGUGUACAACCCUGAGGGGGGCUAUGGCCAGGGCCUGAGCCACAUAACGGCGCUACUACUGAUGUGGCUCAGUGAGGAAGAUGCAUUUUGGGCUCUGGUCCAACUCAUGGAAAACAGGAAAUACUCAAUGUACGGUCUCUACAAACCGGGACUCCCGAAGCUGGAGAUGCUGCAGAACCACCUGGAAGAUCUCGUGCACUGCACCCUCCCUGCUCUGGAGCAGCACCUGGAGGAGCAGGGAUUGAACCUCAAGGACUGCACUGCACACUGGUUCACACAGUGUUUUCUGGAUGUGCCCCUCAGUGAGCUGGGAGGUGGCCAGUAG